CACAUUAUUAUUAAAGAUUAAAGUGUACAUUUAUUCACAAAAAUGGAUGAUCUAUUCAACAUGAUCGAAUUGAUUAACUCAAUGAUUCUUUUGUACGAAAUUACAUCAUCAUUAUGAUUGUAUCUGUGUAUUCUCUCCUUUUUCCCCCUACUAAUUAUGGUAUGUUGUGUUAUCAUCUAACAGUCAAUAAUGGAAGGUAUCAUUUGUUUCUAUGUAACUCUAUAUUCCUCAUCUACACAUGAUAUGAUUUUGUGUUUCUUAUUGUUGAAUCGAAUAUUCUUUUGUUAGUUUUAUAAUAUGAUUAGAAUAACAUGUGAUAUAUUGUAAAAAUAAACGGAAGUAAGCAAGGUAACAAUAGGCGCACGCUCACGCAAACGUGUGUGUGUGUAUGUGUGUACAUCAUUGGGAUAUUGAUAUAUACACUGAUGUGUGUUUGUGUGUGCUUGUCAUAUAUGUGUACUUGUGUACUUGUAUACAACUGGGAAAUAGUGUAGGAUACAAAUGUAAUUCAAUCAUUUGAAAGCUACAUAUGCUUGGAUAUAAAAAUAAACAUGAAUUAGGAGAAACCAUAUAGAUUUAUAUCAUCUAAAACAUUUUCACUGAAUAAUCAAAUAUUGAUUUUGAUUAGACUAAAUUUAUUAAUUAGACAUUCAUUAAUAAGUUCCUUCAAUAAAAACAAACAAACAAAAUGGAGAAUGGAGAAGAUGAAGAUGAAGAUGAUCUUUCUGAAGCAUCAUUUUAUCAAUCACAAUUACAUACAGUACAAUUAAGAAAUAAAUUAGUCAAUCAACAAUCAGGUAGUCGUGCACCAACAAUGACUAUAGAUGUUGUACGUGUUGGUAGGCCAUUAAAAAUUUUAGCUUUAUUAUUAUCAUUAAUUAGUAUAUUAUUAUUUAUUGUUGGCUCAGUCAGUACAUCAUGGAUUCAUAUUCAUUUUAAAUCAAUUGGUUUAUUUCAACAAUGUGAUAGUUUAUUAAAACAAUUCAAUCUCAAUCAUCAUAAUAAUGAUGAUAAAUUAUUCAUGAACACAGAUAAUAAUGAAUUAAAUGAGAUUGAAAAAAUUUGUCAAUUUCGUGAUUUCCUAAAUGUUAAAGUACUUAUCAUUAUUAUCUUAGAUUUGAUUGCUUUGAUCUUAGCAACAAUUGGAAGUUCUUUACUAUUAAGUGGAAUAUUCUCAUUGAAUAUUAAACGUAAACGUACAUUUUAUCAUAUAUCAAUUGUAUUGCAUAUACUUUCAUGUAUCACAAUAUUAUCAGCAUUAAUUAUCUUAGUGAUUGAAUGUAUGAAUGAAGCAAAUCAGAAUUCAUCAUCAUCAUCAUCAUUAGAGAAUCAAUCAACUAUUACAGUUGGUUGGUCAUUGAUUAUUGUUUGUUUUGGAAUAUUUAUACUUGGUAUAUCAGUUUGUCUUGUUUUAUUUGAUAGAGGUGGUGAAGAAAUUGAAUAUCGUGAAACAAUUCAUCGAUCAUCAAAUUAUAUAGGAGAUUCAUAGAGAGAUAGAAAGACAGAAGAAAAGAGAGUAGUAACCAAGAAGAAAAAAGAAAUAACAUUGGAAUGGGGAUGGAGUAAUUCAAGUUAAUAAGCAUCUAACUAUCUAUGGUGCAUAUAAAUAUUGAUUUUUGAUUUUCUGUAGACAAAAUAUACACAAAACACAUAUACAUGCAUUAAAGAUUUGUGUGCACAUAUACACAUAUACGAUGCCUUAAUUUGUAUUCAGAUCAUAUUGAAUUGGCCAAUUAGUAUCAAAUGUUCUUUGUUUUUUUGAAUAUUCUAUAGGGAUUUCGAAACUAAAAUUAGUCUCAGUUGACUAUUUACAUUCACCAAUAGCAUAUCUGCUUGGUUUAAAUGUGUUUGCAAUUUUGUUGGCACAAGGAAAAGGAAAGAAACAAGAAUUAUGAAAUAAACUACAUCUUCUUUAGCCUUUCCUUAUAUAAAAAUUCAUAUUCUUAACAUGAUAUAGAAAGGUUGAAGUGUAGUUCAAUAUUGGUACAAAGGGACACCAAAUAGUAGUAAAUGUCAAAGGAUCAGAGAGUUCUGCCAACUACCUCAAAAAAACCCUGAUAUUUUAGUUGCUGUACUGCACGAAAAUAUACUGAAAUCAAACUACAAAUAAUUUGUAUCUUAAUCAACUAACU